UUGAAAUAAACUAAUAAAUCAAUAUUUGUUUGACUAAAGUCUAACAAAACAAACCAACGACGAACUAUGAAAAGAAUGUUGACAAUGACAUACAUACAUACAUACAUUUCGUGCGUUGAAAAAUUAUCGUUAGAGAAAAGCUCAGUAUUCUUUUCAGCAUCUAUUUGUUCAUGUUUAUGUAUACCCACGAGAGAGAUAAAGAAACAAGAAGUAUGAGAUAGUCGAUCAUUUUUCCCGUGUUAAAUACUUGAAAUUACGAAGAGUAUUCACAGUAGGAGCAUGCGUAGUGUCCUAAGAUAAAUUAUUCGUCUUAGUUGCGCCGUGAUAAGCGAAGGAAAUUCUACGGUCUUGUUUCGUUUGUGAAAAAAGAUUAAAUGAACAUGUGUAGAUAUUAUACGACCAAUUCUUGUUAUUCUUGAGGUAGAAAUUAAAAUUUUUUCAAAUCACGCACGAAGUGAAAUCCGCUUUCACGCCCGAUCACGAAAUCACGGGUUUCUCGAUGUUCUUUUGCUAUCGCGACAGCCAUAUUCGAAGGUAGCGCCACCCGGUAAUCAUUCGGCGAAUUAGAAUCGAGGUCGAAAUUCUUAAAUGUCGGAUACAUUAGAAUUUACCAUCAUUACGAAUUUGAUACUUCGAGUUCACGCGUAAUCCGAGUAACAAUGAGAUAUAUCGUUGCGCUCGACGUGGGCACCACUACUGUUCGUUGUCAUAUUAUCGACGAAAACGCCAACACCGUUUCCUCAUCGACCGAAAAGGUGGAACUUAUUGGUGAAAAACGUGGUCACGUAGAGAUUAAGCCAGACCAUUUAUGGACUAUUAUAGUGAAAACUGUAAAAGAUGCGAUAGACGUCAGUGGAGUCGAUCCAAGUUCUUUUGCGUGUUUUGGAAUUUCCGCUCAGCGUGGAACUUUUAGUUGUUGGAAUUUAUUGACUGGAAAACAUUAUCAUAAUUUCAUAACAUGGAAAGAUUUAAGAGCGGAUUCUAUGGUCAAGGAAUGGAAUCAUUCAAUAAUGAUAAGAGGAUUACGCAUAGUUGCUUAUAUUCUCUACAUAUUAUCUAAAAGCAAACGAUUUCUCGCUGGCAGUGUUUUGAAAUUUAUGAAUACCCAGAUCACCUUACGAUUGCUUUGGGCUUUACAACAUGUAUCAGGUCUACGUGAAGCUACUAUAAAUGACUCAGUAGCAUUUGGCAGUAUCGAUUGCUGGCUUUUAUACAAAUUAACUGGUAGACAUAUAACAGAUGUUUCGAGUGCAUCUGCUACUGGGCUGUUUGAUCCAUUUACUAUGAAAUGGGCUACUUGGAUAUUUAGUUUAUUAAAAAUUCCGUCCCACAUUUUUCCGAAGAUCGUUGAUACAACUACAAAUUUUGGUGUUACACCCAAACAUAUAUUUGGCGUUGAAAUUCCUAUAGUUUGUUGCAUGGCUGAUCAAGCAGCUUCUUUAUUUGGUUCAGGAUGCUUUCAACCAGGCGAUAUGAAGAUUACGAUGGGUACAGGAACUUUUGUGAACGUAAAUACUGGAACAGAACCACAUGCAACUAUCACUGGUCUUUAUCCUCUGGUUGGUUGGCGCAUGGGAUCUGAAUUAGUUUACAUUGUAGAAGGUGCAUCGAAUGAUACUGGAAUUCUCAUGGAAUGGGCAAAAGCUCUUGAAAUAUAUAAGGAUGUAGCAGAAACAGCUGAUUUAGCAAAUUCAGUGGAAGAUUCAGAUGGAGUAUACUUUAUACCGGCGUUUACCGGACUUCAGGCUCCAAUAAAUAAUCAUACUGCAGCAGCUGGUUUAUUAGGAGUAAAGUCUACGACGAACAAGGGCCAUAUCGUGCGAUCAUUGUUAGAAAGUCUUGUAUUCAGGACAUUGUUACUUUAUGAUAGUUUGCGUACUGAGACUUGUUUUACGUUUGAAAAAACACGAAUCGAUGGUGGAGUAUCUCAAAAUGAUUUCAUCAUGCAACUAUUGGCAGAUUUAACAGGUUUGGAAGUAGAACGACCUAUUAACGUGGAAAUGUCAAUUUUUGGGGUAGCGAUUUGUGCUGGCUUAUAUUGUGGUAUAUGGAGAAAUAAAGAGGAAUUAAAACAUCUUCGUAAAAUAGAUAAAAUAUUCAAGCCGAACAAGAAAUCACAAUUAUCUUAUGAAAACGUAAUUGCGCAAUGGAAACGAGCUGUGGACCGAUUUAAAGACUGGUACUGAUAUCAAUUGUAUUUGACUGUAGUUACGUAAAAAAAAAUGCAAUACUGAAUUAUUUUUGCAAUACGUUAAAAAUAUUGAUGCACUCUAAGAUAUUACUUAAGUGACAGUAUUUUAAAUAAGAAGUAUACAGUAAUCUUUUUUAUGAGCAUUAUAUUCAGAAUACACUAUUAACGUUAAAUAUUUUAAUAGAGAACAGUUGAAAUAAAUAGAUUCGAUGAUAGAUUUUUAUUCAGCAUAUUAUAAAAGACAUAAUAUUUUCUUAAGGCAAUAGCUAUAUUAUAAUACAAGUUUAAAAUCAAAGCUUGAUCAAAAUAAUAUUGAUGAUAUAUCAAGAAUAACCAUUAUUUCUCUAAUACAAAAUAUACUAAAGCCAUGAUAUAUAUUGUGUUGUGAAUCGAUGCUUGUGAUAUAUAUUCUCGAACGAUUAGUAAUUUUUAAAGCGUUCCUGAAGAAAGUGCCUUUUAUGCUGUUGUCAUGUUUAAGUAUCUUUAAUAAUAAGAAUAUUUUUUUUAUACACGAUAUUUAUUAGUGAAAAAUAUUUUAAGCAAUAAAUUAUAUAAUGUUAGCAAGUU